AUGCUGUGGGCCGGGCCAUGCACCCCCCACACCGUGAGCACCGUGAGGCCGUGGCUGCAGGGGCUCGGUUUGCUCCGUGUGCCCGGGGUCACUCCCAUCCCCUUGUGUUUCCCCUCUCCCGGUGCUCUCCAUCACCCCUUCCCUCUCCCUUUCCCAGCUCCCAUCGCCACCUCCAGCACCAUUUUCCAGCUGGGCUUCGAGCGGGCGCUGCGGAAGCAGAACAAGGAGCAGGUUCCCCCCGCCGCAGCCCCCGAGCCGCCGCAGAGGAAGCAGCACACGGGCAAGAGCGGGAAGAAACCAUCGGUGAACGACACUGCUGCCAAACCCGGCAAAUUCCGCUCGCUGGAGGAAGCCCUGAAAGCCCUGGACCUGGCGGAUCUGCAGAAGGAGCUGGACAAGAGCCGCAGUGUUUUCCCUGAGAAUCCCUCAGUGUGGGUGAAGGACCUGGCUGGAUACCUCAACUACAAACUGCAGGCACCCAGGAGUGACCCCGUGCUGAGCCAGCACCCUCAUGACUAUCCAUACUGCCUGGUGAGCAAAGAGCUGAGGAGCAUCAUCCGAUCCCUGCUGGGAAAGGCAUCCACUGUGCUGGAGCUCUUCUUUGACCACUGCAUCUACACCAUGCUGCAGGAGCUGGACAAGGCYCCAGGGGAAUCGCUGCACGGGUACAGGAUCUGCAUCCAGGCUCUCCUCCUGGACAGACCCCGGAUUGCCACGACAAAUCUGGGCAAGUACCUGGAGGUGCUGCGCUCACACCAGAACCGGCCAGCAAAGUGUUUGACAGUGCUGUGGGCGCUGGGACAGGCGGGGUUCAGCGACCUCCAUGAGGGCCUGAAAGUGUGGCUCGGUGUCAUGCUCCCGGUGCUCGGUAUCAAGUCCCUGUCCCCGUACGCCGUUUCCUACCUGGACAGGCUGCUGAUGAUGCACCCCAACCUCACCAAAGGCUUUGGCAUGAUUGGCCCCAAGGAUUUCUUCCCCCUGCUGGACUUUGCCUUCAUGCCCAACAACUCGCUGUCCCCCAGCCUGCAGGAGCAGCUGCAGCGCCUCUACCCCCGCCUGAAAGUCCUGGCCUUUGGUGCCCGACCUGAAGCCACCCUUCACACCUACUUCCCCUCCUUCCUGUCCCGAGCCACACCCGCCUGCCCAGCUGCCAUGAAAAAGGAGCUUCUGACCUCCAUGAGCCAGUGCCUGAGCCUGGACCCGCUGAGCUUCAGUGUCUGGAGGCAGCUGUACACCAAACACCUUGCUCAGUCCAGUCUGCUGCUGAAUCACCUCCUGGAGUCCUGGGAGAGCAGCAGCAAGAAGGUGCAUCAGUCCCUGCAGGAAACGGUUUGCUCCUUCAAAGUGACMAAUGAGGAGCUGGCAGCCAGGGGGACUGGAGGGGACCAGGACGUGGCCGCGUGUGACACUGCCUGCAAGGAGCUGCUGCACAAGAUGAAGGGUCGGCUCUUCCCCUGGUGGCGUUUGCUGCUCAUCCUCCUGCUCUGUGCCACUGGCUUCAUCCUGCAUGACGUGCAGACACACGGCUCCUUUCAGGCUUCCUCUUCUGCUCGGCUGCUSCGUUCCUCGGGUGUGCUGCCUGUUUCCCAACUGGCCUGGCAGAAAGUGUCCCGUGGCUGCCGUGAGGGCUACAGGUGGCUGGAGCACAGCCUGGCCCAGCACGGUUCCGUGGCCGUGUCCAUCCUGCAGCCACAGCUGGAGCUGCUCUGGCAAACCAGUGGUCAGCUCAUCCAGGAUGUGUCCCAGCAGUGCUGCUCCCUGCUCUCCUGGCUCCAGGGCAGCCUGCCUUGGCUCAGUGACUGGCUCCAGAACCGUCUCCCCGAGUCCUUCCUGCACCUGGCUGAGUGUGUGAGGGAGCUGCUGCUGUUCCUGCUGMGGAGCUGCCUGCUGCCAUUGCUGCAGGGCCUGGCUGCGGUGCUGCAGCGGGGCUGGCAGCGCUGCCUCGACUCCUGCAAUGGGGACCUGACGUGGGAGUGCGUGAGGGACCACCUGAUGAGCUUCACCUAUUCUUCUUGGAUUUACCUGCAAAACACAACCCUGGCCCUCAAAAACUGGGCCCUGGCUAUGAUUUCUGGACACUGAGCUGCUUUCUGGAGGUGGUCACACCGCCUCCCAACAUUCUGGCUGCCAAGGAGUAUUCAGAGUGCAGCAGGAUGUGUGACGGGCAUCGAGGGCAAUGCCCACAGGAACUUGGGGUCAAACUGGGGCUUUUGGGAGAGGUUUAUCCUUUGGGGUGCUGGGGAGACACACGUCCAGAUUUUUCCAUACCCUGUGACCACUUUGGCUUUCCUGUCCCACUGCCCCUGGGUAUGUGAUCCCCAUCCCCUCGUGCUUUGCCUGCUUGCAGGAUCAGGGCUGGACACCUGGAACUCCUCACCUCACCUCCCCGCCCCUUCCCACCACUCAAUGAACUGAUUUAUUUUAUUAUUUUUUUCUUCAUAAUU